AUGAGACCAUCACGGAAUCAGCCUCGGACACAGAUAAAUGGAAUUAAGACUGGACACGGAAUUCGGAAAACUGGAAUUAAGAUCGCAACCUGGAACACACUAAGCCUUUAUCGAACUGGAGCCUGCCAAAAUCUUACUGAUGUGUUAGACACGUAUGGAAUACAGAUAAUAGCCCUUCAAGAGAUAAGAUGGCCAGGAAAAGGUCAGCUAAAAGUAGGGGAGUACAUAGUGUAUUUCUCUGGCAUGGAAGAAGGACACGCAUUUGGAUGUGCUUUUGCUGUGCAUGAAUCAUUGGAACCAUACAUAAAAGAAUUCAAUCCAAUAUCAGAAAGGAUAACCUUACUACGAGUAGAUACGAAACCACUGAAUAUAAUAUUAGUAUGCGUACACGCACCAACAGAAACAGGGGAAGAGAACAUGAAGGAUGUUUUCUAUGAAGAUCUGUCGCAAAUAUAUGAUAAACUGCCAGGAAAUGUAAUCAAACUCGUAAUAUGUGAUCUGAAUGCCAAGUGUGGAAAAGAAACACAUUUUAUACCAAUGAUAGGGAAAGAAAGUUUACACGAAACAAGUAAUGGAAAUGGACUUAGACUUAUAUCCUUCGCAGCCGCAAAAGAUAUGAUAAUAUGCAGCACAACUUUUCCACACAAAACUAUACACAAGGCCACUUGGAAAUCACCUGACGGGACAACUUGCAACCAGAUAGAUCAUAUACUUGUUCAAAAAAGAUUUAGGUCAUGCAUACUUACUGGUAGCAAAGUUUAG